UUCAGCACAGGUGGGUCAUGGCGGCUGACUGAGAAAAACAACUCACAGUAUUAGAAGAAAGACGACUGCUCUUGCCGUCAAAUUAGACCUUGCGCGUGCAGAAGCGCUAGUCGUUUAUUUAUUGAUCGUACAAAGCGUAAUUAUAUUUGUCCUGGAAAAUGGAGCAGCCGACCGAUGACUGCGAGGGCGCCGUGGCUCAGCAGCUACACCAGGAGGAGGAAUCUCUUGGCACGUUAAUAGACCACCUGGAGAUCGUGGUGACUGAGGCAGAAAAAAGAACCAACGGAGCUCUAAAUAUCAGAGAAUUUUACACCGUAUACCUUGUUGAAACCAAAUUGCUGAAGGGAAGCAAAUGGCCAAACGCCCGGGAACUGAGCUCAUUGUGGCGCCGUUACAGUCAAUUCGAGAUGUUGAGAUUGUACUUGGAAAACAUGUACCCGUUUGUUGUGUGCCCAUGCCUGCCAGAAAAGAAGUCUGUUUACUCGUGGAACGCUGCCACAAAUUCGUCCGACACCUUUGACCCUGACUUUGUGGAUCGCCGCAGGGCUGGACUCGAGACCUUCCUCAUUAGGGUGGCCUCGCACCCCGUUAUCUCCAGGGAUGCGGUUUUGCUCAUGUUUCUACAACAAAAUGAAGGCUGGCAAGAUAAACUCAAGGACUAUGCUGGCUACAUCACCAAAGCUGAAUCAAAACUUAAAUCUCUUAGCUUGCCAAGUAGACUGAAAAAUCCUGAUAAAAGAUUUGAAGUGUGCCACAAAUAUGGCUCAGAUCUGCAUUUGAAUAUCUCUAGUACUUUAAAACUGAGGUCAAAGGCUUUGGAGAAACAAUAUUGUUUGCACAAGCUGCACGCAAACUACGGUCGUGUUUUCAGUGAGUGGAGCGCAAUUGAGAAGGAAAUGGGAGAUGGGCUUCAGAGGGCUGGUCACUACAUGGACUCAUAUGCUUCAUGCAUUGACUCCACGCUGGAGGAGGAGGAACUGGUUGCGGACCAGUUGAAGGAGUACCUGUAUUUGGCGAACUCGUUGCAGUCUGUGUGCCGCAAGCAGCAGAUAAUGCAGCUGAAUCUCGAGAGAGCCAUGGCUGUGGUGGACUCUAAGAAUAUCGAAAAGCAAAGAAUCCAACAGGGAAAAUCAAGUCUCAUGUCAAGACUAUUUGGGGCUGUUGACAGUGAAGAAAUCCGAGAGGCAAAGCUGGAAGAGCUGGAGCAUAAAAUCACGCAAGAAAAUAACAGUGUCACUGUUGCUCAGGCAGAUCUCAAUAAAUUCACUAUGAACGCGCUGGAGGAUAUUCAGCGUUUCCAAAACCAAAAGAACCAGGACCUCAAAGAAACAAUCCGAGCCUUCGCCACAUUGCAAGUCAAAGCAUCCCGAAAGAACUUAACGGUGUGGACUCACAUGCGAGACUGUUUGACAAGUAUUCCUUGAAGUGAGUCAGCUAUGCCAAAAAGUGAGACUAUCCUGCAACGAGAUGUGUCACUAACUUAUUACCUUACUGAACCAACGCAAGCGUAUAUUAACGAAUAACAAUAAAUUUGUUAACUGUGGGAACAGGUAUUUCUUUAAUAUGUAAAUCAUAACUUAUCCAAGGCUGUUGAAAUUGUUGUACAAUGGAGAUGAAUAUAAUAUAUCAAUCUCAUAUCAAUACA